CACUAACCAGGAAAGGAAUUGUCAGAGUGGUAUUUUUCCCAUUCUUCUAUCGAUGGUGGAUUCAGGUCACCUCCAGAGCUAUAUUCCUGUUACUGCUGGCUCUCUACCUGCUACAAGUGGCGGCAGCAGUCCUGUACGUGUCCAUCUCUCAGCCUCAUGGGAUACCGGCCACCGAGGUGUUUGGAGCCAUCUGGCUCAUGCUGCUCCUGGGAACCGUCCACUGUCAGAUUGUCUCCACCCGAACACCCAAACCAGCCUCCAGCACUGGGGGGAAGAGACGGAGGUCUAAGAAGUCCAAGCUGUCCAUUGACAAGUCAACAGAGACAGACAAUGGCUAUGUAUCACUCGACGGUCGGGUGACCAAUCGCAGCAGUGAGGAGGGGCUUCAACUCCACGAGCAGCGAUGUGAUUUGCUGCCAAGGGCCGAUGAGAUGUGCUGGAAUGUGCAUGCCCCGCCCACAAACACUCACACAACCCGCAGCACUGGAAUGAUGCUGGUUAACGGCAAUAAGGAGCCGGCAUCAGAUGAAGCAUCCAGCGAGGAGGACCCUGAGGCGUCCUAUAGCGCUCUCCGCAGGGGGGUGGAGAGAAUCAACAGCGACUGUACGCUCCGCAACCGAAAGAACGGACAUCAUUACAAGAAACACUAUGCUGUGGAGGAGGUUCCUAAGUCUGGUACCAGUUGUAGUUCACGGUGUUCAAGUCUGAGGACUCAGGACUCAGAGAGCACUCGUCAUGAGUCAGAGACAGAGGACCUGCUCUGGGAGGACUUCCUGCACUGUGCAGAGUGCCGAUCCUCCUGCACCUCAGAGACAGAGGGGGAAGGGGGCGGGACACCUGUCUGCCCACCUGCCAAGAAGGAGUACAGAGAUGACCCCUUCCAUCAGGGUCAUGUUCCAUGGCUACACAGCUCCAACCCUGGCUUGGAGCGAGUGAGUGCCAUAGUGUGGGAGGGAAAUGAGUGUAAAAAGGCGGACAUGUCUGUCUUGGAGAUCAGCGGCAUGAUCAUGAACAGAGUAAAUCUCUAUACUCCCAGUAUAGGCUAUCAGGUCUUUGGGAACCUGGUUUCUGUGACACUUGGCCUCACCCCCUUUGCUUACAGGCUGGCUCAGUACCGUGACUUGGAUCAGCUGACCACUCUCUCAGCCAGCGAGCUGCUGUCUGUGGCACUGGGGGGUGGUUCUGGCUCAGAUGUCAUGGUCAUCACCAUGGUAACACUGAGUUUCCUAGUGCGCAUUUGCCUUAUAUGGCUCUUCUUCUUCCUCCUCAGUGUGGCAGAGAGGACCUACAAACAGAGGCUACUAUUUGCCAAGCUGUUUGGUCAUCUGACAUCAGCCCGGAGAGCCAGGAAGUCUGAAGUUCCCCAUUUUAGACUGAAGAAGGUUCAAAACAUCAAGAUGUGGCUUUCACUGCGCUCUUACCUCAAGAGGCGCGGUCCCCAGCGAUCAGUGGAUGUUAUUGUGUCGUCUGCCUUCCUACUCACUUUGUCUGUUGUCUUCAUUUGCUGUGCUCAGUUGCUUCACAUCCAUGAGACCUUCCUAGAGUGUCAUUAUAACUGGGAACUGGUGAUCUGGUGUUCCAGUCUGUCUCUGUUCCUACUGAGGUUUGUCACCUUGGGCUCUGAGACCAGCAAGAAGUACAGCAACACCUCCAUACUGCUUACUGAACAGAUCAACCUGUACCUGAAGAUGGAGAAGAAGCCAAACAAGAAGGAGGAGCUGACCCUGGUCAAUAAUGUCUUAAAGCUGGCUACAAAACUACUAAAGGAGUUAGAUGCCCCUUUUAGGUUGUAUGGUUUGACUAUGAACCCCCUACUGUACAACAUCACUCAGGUGGUCAUUCUGUCUGCAGUGUCUGGAGUUAUCUCUGACCUCCUAGGAUUUAACUUGAAGCUCUGGAAGAUUAAAUCGUGACAAUGAGGCGAGGGUGUCAUGGAGAGAGCCGCUAUCCAUCCUUCACCAAAACCUGAAAGGGGGGGGGGGGGCUUGUCUCACUCCGGACGCUGGCUGGAUGAGUGACUGACAUGACCAGCUUACUGGAUGAAAGGAUAACUGACGGACGGAUGGACUGGUAGUCUGACUGGCUGCAUUGUCGGUCCUGACAUAUCAGAAUGCUCUGACUUUCAAUGUUCUCACUUUGUGCAAUUCACAAACUAUUUAUUUACCCGUUCAGUGUUUUUAACUAGGGUUUAUCUCAUUUAAGUCCAUUUCAUAUUUUAUUUUGGGAUUCAAAUUUAUACUGUUUUACCUGUGUUCACAAAAGUAUUAUGUUUUCAUUAAUUAUUGAUCAUUACUAUUACAUGUUUUAGGUUCACGGCAAGGGUGGGUCAAUUCAGUUUUCAUACACACACAUGUACACUGUAAGAUUGCAGGCAGAUAUAAAUCCCCAUGCAUAUCCCAGUAGCUCUUAUCCGUCACUCUGUCCUGUCAUUACUACAGCAGCAGGAAAAUAUUUCCCAAGUAUUCCUUUUCAGGAUGCAACAGCAGUGAAACAUGUAAAAUGUGGCUUAUAUUAUAGUCACAUCUGUAGCUAUGUUUGCAUAAACACUCCCAUAUAAAACUCCGUUUCACCUUUCCCUCGUUUGUGUGACUUGCCGUGGGCCUAUGCGUAUAUUCAGUUUCACAAGUUUUACUUAAAAUGGACGGGUGGUAUUUUCAGGAUUACGUGGAAGUGGCAGCGUUUACUCUCACGACGGCUCUCUAGUCAAGCAAAUUUGUGAAAAAAGAACGAAUGGGGUUUAAUUAAGCAUGACUGACUGCUUUUCCAUGUUGGUUAAGUCUUGGACAGGAGUAUUUCUUUGGUGGAGAUUUCUGUUGGGAAUACAGCCUAAUUCCUGUCUAUAAGGCCAUUUCAUUAUCUGGUAAGCAAUAGAUCUGUUUUUAUGUCCGUAUCAUGAUAUCAGAAAUGCCACAGAGUUAUUGUUAUUGUGUUAAUCUGGCACGCCGCUGUUCAAACGAGAACACACUUCUGAAUUUAGAAAUGCUAAUGAUUAGUUUUCCUGAGACCUCGUAUUCAUUGUUUCCAUUUUGAGCCAUAAAACUCGAGGAUAUUUUAAAAUGGGACUCUAACAUUACCUACCAGUCAUUUGGCUAUUGAUCUGAAGCAAAUUGACAAGUUUAAAGUGGCUCCUGACCCGCUUCUCACCAGCCACAGGUGAGAUUGCUUUAGUUUGGUCUGAGUGCAAGAUGGGCGGGCUUUGCACAUUUUUGAGACAGUCUAAUUGGUCUUUUUUUUUAACAAGGGGCAAUAAAUAUACUCCAGUUAGAAAUAAUUUUUAGCGUGAUAAUUGGACCUUUCUCCAUUGCUAUAUUGUCUCAAUGCCGCAUUGAAUUCACUCACUUCAGGUUGAGUUUACCAAUAUUUAAGUUUAAAGGGGAUCUAUUUCAAAAGGAGGCUCAAUGCAUGAAUAAAUAACUCAAAAAUGAACGAAUUCUUGGGCGUGACCGACAAAUUACUUCGGUGUACCUUUUAAAUGGACUUUAGUGAAAAUAGAUUGACCCCUGCCUGGUCAUUUCUCACAUGCAACAGUUAAACACGUCUGAACGUGAACAAAUUUAUGCACUUUAAACACAGACAGAAGAAGAGGAAAUUUUUACAUUGCGUUACAAUGUCAAAACGUCUCUGUUGCUGUCGGCAGACAUUUUUUUUUGUUGUUUUUGUACUUCACUUGCUUGACAGUCUUGAGUGCGUGUGUGUGCUGUCAAAUGCUAGCUCCAACCACACACUAUUGUCGAUAGUUUGCAUCACUUUUUAGUUAAAACCAACACGACGUAUAAGGUAAGGAAUUAAAUGUCAAGUUACAUAAAAACUUUAUUCAAAAGCCAAUGCAAAUUGUUGCUUGGCAUCCUGCUACUUUAAACUGCCAACUGAAAAACAUCAAAAAGCUAGCAUAAUCUCUUUUUAGUGUGUUUGAAAAAGACCAAAGUGCUUUCUUUCUUUUUGUUUUUUGGUUUGUUCCUGCCAGAAAGAAUGUAUUCGCAACAUAUGCUUUAAAAUAUAAGAUUAUUGGUGUUGUUUUUUCUUUUUGGAAAUGCUUUAAGACUGUGUUCAUGUUGUUUAUUGCUUAUUUUCAUGUGUUUUUUUGUUUCUCUUUGGCAUCAUGCUUUACUUUAAUUCAUGUGUAAAGAUGGUGCCCUCAUGCUCAGUUAAAAGGAGACAACGUUUUGCUGUGUUUCUGAAGUACAGGAAGGGGUCCGAAAUGUCUGUAUGAAAAUUUAUCACGGUAAAGGACUCCACAUUGUGAUCCCGUUUUCAAAACAAGUCUGAAUAUUUAGUUCCUUGGGAUUUUGUAAGAAAAAUAAAAAACGGAUGUUGACA